ACAGUUUGAAAAAGGGCCAGUAACUCUGUACGAAAAAAUAAGCAUGUUUCGUAAGAAUGACAUUUACCGUGAAUAUACUAUUUAUGUAAACAACAGACUCGCUUAAAACAAAUAGUUAGUCAUCGUACAACCGACUACAGAAUAGAAGUCAACUUAAAACAGUAAAUUAUUGUAAUGGGAGCAGCUAAUUGUAGUCCAAUGGAUCAGGGUAAAAAAGACAUGAAUAACUAUCCUAGCGAAUGUCCUAUGCACCAGGAACAGACAAAGUCUUACCCUAGUGAAUGUCCUAUGCACAAAGGAUCACAAAAUGAUAUUGACCCAUUGAAUAUGAUGCCACCACCAAACCAGAGACCAUCACCUGAUCAGCCAUUUCCUUUAGCUACAAACAGAGUUAUAUCAAAUAUACCAAAAGCAGGAACAGAUGAGAAUUGGGUUUAUCCUUCACAGCAAAUGUUCUGGAAUGCCAUGCUUAGGAAAGGUUGGCGAUGGAAGGAAGAAGAUGUCGCAGCAGAAGACAUGAAUCACAUUAUACAAAUACACAAUGCCAACAAUGAACAGGCCUGGCAGGAAGUGUUAAAAUGGGAGGCAUUUCAUGCAAGUGAAUGUUCUGACCCAAGAUUAAAAAAGUUUGGAGGAAAAGCCACAGAGUAUUCACCUAGAGCUAGAAUCAGGAACUGGUUAGGAUACGAUCUGCCAUUUGACCGCCACGAUUGGAUAGUAGAUAGAUGUGGUAAAGAAGUGAGAUAUAUCAUUGAUUAUUACGAUGGUGGAAAAGUACAAGAAAACUAUCAGUUUACAUUACUGGAUGUUCGUCCAGCCUUGGAUUCAUUUGGAGCAUUCUAUGACAGAAUGAAAGUAGCAGGUAUUCGCUGGAGAAUGGAUCUUAAAUACAAACUAUUUGGAAGUGAUUCAGAGAAUAGUAUUGAUAAUCAUCAUGAGGCUACCAGUCAAACAAAGGAGUCAACGUAAUGAUAAUAUUAACUGUGAUAUAAAUGUUUCAGUGUGUUUGUUCAUAUUGUAAAUAAAUUGUUUAUGAUAUAUCUU